AACUGAAUCAAAUGUUUUGGUUCCAAAUAAAGCCGACAGGUCUUCUUGUCAUGGGGCCUAAAGCCAAAUUUUAAGAAACCUCACAAAACGUCCCAUGUGGGACGAAGGUCAGGUAGCCUUAUUGUCUCUUUGUUGCUUCACAAACCGGGUGAAGCUACGAACCCACCUUGGCCAUAUUUUAACCUAGACAAAUAUCUCGAACCCCCAAAAGUGUACCUUCAAUCGCCAUGACCAGAGUACGAACGAAAACUCCAUUUAUUAAAUAGACCUAUCCACACCCUGUACUACAAUCGCUUGAGUUGCUUUCCCACCCUGUUCAAAUCAUGGGUGGAGGCUCUCCUCCCCAUUUUGGGUUGGGCACCUUGCCAAAGCCAGCAUCUUUGUACACUAUCCUCUGAUGGACGACAUUAACGAAACUGGCGAAGUGCAACAACAAUCCUCCGACGACCCGGAUCUCAGCCACAAUCGGGGAAUUCCGUCCCAUCCUCGACGAGGCGACGAGCUUCCGUCAGAGCUUCAUCAGACACCCUCUGAAGAGAAGCGAUGUUGUUAUCAUUGCAAGUUAAUGCAGUCAAAGUCACACAUGGGAGAGGAUCUGAUUGUCGAGAAGGUGUUUGGUCGCCUCGGGCCUCCAGCUCAGCAGCCUCGGAAGACCAAGUUCCAUCCCAAGCGAGGUAAAUGUGGCCAAGGAACCAAUGUGUUCCGCGAGCGUCCCGAGGACGACGAGCUCGAGAUCCUUAACGUGAUCUUGCUACAAAAGAACAAUCUGAUUGCGCCCAAGAGCGUGAAGAAAGGUGACAUCAUAUUGGCGGCCAAGCCUUUCGUCCAUGUUCUGACCACAUCGAGUCGAGGGAUCCGAUGUGAGGCGUGCUUCGAGAAGAGGACCCUGAGGUGUCAUUGUGCUUGUAAAUAUGCGGCGUACUGCAGUCCAACUUGCUUGAACAAUGACAAGGAGAACCAUGAGGACGAGUGCUUCUACAUUCGGAAGAACAAACUGAACCCAACCAGUGAUACAUUGCGGUUCAUGAUGCGAUUCCUGUUCAAAAUGCGGAACCACGGAGAAAGGGUUGCGGAUCUUGUUCCAGGUCUGGCCAAGCCCAGAACUUUUCGGGACCUUCUGGAUCAUUAUGAUGACAUCAACGGGUCUUCCCGAGGGGCCUUGGUGAAGAACUACUACGAGGAAACCCUUCGAUUCAUGGGCCUUGAGGAUGCCCCGGAUCCCGAUUACUUCCUGGAAUGCUAUGGUCGCAUGGCUAUCAACUCGUUCCACAUCCUGGAUGAGCACCAGGAAGCCAUUGGAGCGGCUCUUUACCUUGGACCCUCGGUUAUGGACCAUUCUUGCAUUCCCAAUGCUGCAGUAUCAUUUGAGGGCACCAAUAUGAUUGUCCGGACAUUGAUUGAUCGGGACGAGAUCGAUUUUUCCAAGGUCUUCAUCAGCUAUAUCGAUCUACUCGAUCACAAACAUCAUCGGAGGGAACACUUGAGGAAGCAUUACUACUUUGAGUGCUUGUGUGAACGGUGUCAAGACCCCGACUUUGAGCGGUCCAUGUUCUGUGUGAGUUGUGUCCAAUGUUCCAAUGCCAUUUUCAUUGGUUUCGGCGAGAGUCGAGAUGAGCUCAGUCCUGAGCGAUGCUCCAACUGUGAUUACGAAAUCGACGAGCAUUUCUUGGAGAAAUACGUCGAGGUAUGUUCCAUGGUCUGGAACCGAAUCAAUACUCAUCAAAUGGCCAUGGAGUCUGCCAAGUUGUGUCUCAAAUUGAUGGUCAAGUCUCGGUUCACUCCGCUUCAUAUUUAUUUCAUUAAAACCACCGAGAUCGCAUUCGAAAACCAUCUGAGCCUCAUGGAAGACCCGGAGUUUGAUGUGGAGGAGAACGAGGAGCUCCUGGAAACGGCCUUGUUCCAUGGACGAAACCUUUUGACGGGAUACUCCAAGUACUCCCAACACCAUUGGUCGCAUGAAGGCUUGUACUUGUUGAAAGUAGCCGAGUUGGAAUUCGUGCUUGGUUUCAACAAGGAUUGCACCCGCCACCUUCAAAGAGCUAAAGAGAUCCUGACCAUAUCUUUGGGGAAGGUGGCGGCCUCGACACAAUUGGCCAGAAUUGAUACACUUUUGGCACUUCUGUGACCGAAUUGAUUGCAGAUUUUAACAUUUCUUGUGAACCAUUCUAACCAAUUAAAAAAAAAAUAAAGAACGAGAUUUUCUUCCA